UAGCAACAUUGUAACAACAAAAACGAGCGUACAAUACAAAUAAAAGAUAUGUUUAAAAAUGAAGAAAACCUUUAAGAAUUUCAACUUUUUAACGCAUCAUUUACAUGCAUGUUCAUGGAGGCCAAUAGUGGUGGUCAAGAAAAAAUGGUGAAUGCUGUAAAAACCAUUGAGAGGUGUUGGUGUUCUUACAGAAAUAAGCAGAUAUUUAAAUUGCUUAAAUAUGCCAUCUGUGCAGCGGAGCAUUCUUUGACAAAGGAAGUCAUGAGAAAACUUUCACCUUGUGAAGCUGCAAUUUUAAAUGAUCCUACAUGUAAUUCAAAAAUUCGUUUCAGGUUUGGAGGCUCUGAGUUUCCUCCCUUGAUACUUUUCAAAGUCUUCAUAAAAUGUGAAAAUGGUGUUAAAUAUUACAGUGGAAAGAAAAUGAUUCAGCCUGCAUCAAAGGCUGCCGAAGAUUCUUGUAGGUUAAUGGGGAGUCGACAAUUUUAUGACCAAAUUAUUGUUGAUUCUUGCCAACAUCAUCAAGAUAAAAUUACAGAUGUACUUGAUAUAAAUACAAUGAAGGAUGUUAUGCAGUAUUUGAGUUAUUUAGAUGAAUGCCCACCAGAAAAAGGUGGAAGAUCUAAUCUUUGGAGACAGUUGACUUUAGAAGAUGUUCCUCGUCACAACAUUGUGCAUGAUGUCAUAACUUACAUAAAUAGUGGAAAAGUUUCUGAAAGAUUAUUUUCACAUCUUAUGGCACAAAGAGACAAAGUGGAAACCUUCUUCAGCAUCAUAAAUGACAGUCCUGGUGGCAGACGGCAUACAAGACAACCAUGUCUAAAUAGUAGCAAGUCCACCGGACGUCGAUCUCAAGGAGCGAAAAAACGUGUUGAAAAAAUGAAGAAGAAUUAUGUCUAUGGUUAUGAGAAAAAUUGUCCACUGUGUGAAGACCAUGAAAGAGACAGUAUCACAAACAAUGAAAACUUUCUCAAAAUACUGAAGAUUCAGAUUGGGAAGAUGAAGCAGAUGAACUGUAUGAAUGGAGUCAAGAUUUAACAUUGGACGAUCUUGGUUUAACUUCUCCUUUGUGUACUUAAAAUGAGCAUUGAUAUAUAUAAUUAAUGUACUCUAUGUUUUAUGAAAGAAUGUUUUUAUGCAGUGCGGUGUACUCUAUGUUUAGUAUUGGGAAACAAAAUCAUUGUCAAGUUGCUUA